CUCGGUCUUCGAUUAUGUAAAUACGAAUUUGCAAUGGCAGUAGAGGAUUUAUGAAGAUUGUUAAGUUUGAUUGUUUACAUGACAGAAUGAUUUUAAUUAGAAAACUUCCGAAAAUCAGGAAUCACUAGACAAUCAUUUUAUCUUUGUAUAAAACUCUUCAGAAAAGUGAAUUCAAGACUCCAUCCAACCUUCAAGUGUACUAGUAAGCCUUUAAAAUUCAGACCAAUGAUCCGGUAUCCAACGUUAUGCAUACCUAAUUAAUUGAUUGGAGUUAGACACAUCAUCCGUUGGAUGCCGGCUCAAUGGUCUAAAACUUACACGCUCGCCGCGAGACCUGAAGGUUCUAGGCUAGUGAUAUAAAAUACAGAAUUUGGCGAGACUAUAACUUAUGGACGAACCAAUCAGAUUUAGGAUGACAGGUCUUGGAUUUUGACGCGAAAUUCACCUGCCCAUUAGGCCAAAUAACCUCUUGGUAUUUUAGCUGAUAUCAGUUCGUGAUGAAAAAACCGUACAUCUAAUUCCUAACCCUAACCAUCAACUAUGAAUCAUAAUCCUUAUUCUUCAAACUGUUUUAUAACCCUCGUUUAGCCCUAAUAAGUAGGUAGACACUUUCAAGUUCACUUUAGCAUCGCUCAAAGGUCGUCCAUAAAUUAUAGUCUCACAAAGAAUUUCGAUUGUAAAGACAGUGAAACUAACCCAGUAUUGCUAUAUGUUGUACACUCUGAAACUGUAAUCUAAAACAGAAAUAAAAUUAACCAUAAAAUUAUAAUUUUAUUUAUUCAAAACAAAAAGAAUACAAACUAGUUACCGGUAUUUUAGUCAAAAUAGAUAAAGAGUAAAUAUGGUUAGAAUAAUCCAUUUAACAAGUGUAUUUCUUGUCAGCAUAAUAUACAUAUUACGCACAAGUGAUAAUGGUAACAAGACAACAAUUACUAAUGUGUUAACACUAUGAUGAGUCAUGAAUAUAAUAUGCCAAAUAGAGUAAAUGUGUGCUAAUUAUGAGACAUUUUACUUUAUCGGAAAAUGAAUUAAUUUAUCCACCUCCAUAAAUGUAAUAGCCAAAUGAUAUAUGCUAUUCAAAUAAUGUUCAUUUGUGAAGGCUUAUUUUUAUCUUGUCACUGUUUCUGUUAUUUUAAAUACCAAAGGUGGAAUUUUUGUAAUUAUUACGAGUUGAUAAUAUAAUUGGGUUAAAGACUAAGCGGCAAAAUGUACUCAAGUAAUUCAGUGGAUAAUGCGUUUACGUUUGGACGAAAUACUACAGUAGGUCUAAAUCUUAGUAUGGUGAUCAGUAUUGGACUGUAGACACAUUCAGCUGAUGAGUCCGAAAUACGAUCAAACGCAUACCCUGAAUUUCACUGUUAACUUCAAUCUAGAUAUAUGAUUCAAUAAAUGGCUGUUGAUUCAUCAAAAAAGUACUGUGACUGUAAGAGAUUACAAGAAUAGAAUCAUUUGAAGAGACAGGAAAAGCUCUACAACAAAAACCAAAUGCACCUUUUUCUGUUAUUGUAUGAACUGGAGCAAAUAUGAAUGAAAUAUUACAGUCAUACAAUGGUAGCAUAAACUAAGCGUACUAAUCACAUCUGGUAGCGUCAACGUCUUUAUGUUCUUAGAGCAGAAAUUGGUUAGACGUCGUAUUACAAUCGCCUAAAACGAAUCAACAUUUGAAUUUCAGAUAAUGCUGAUAAUUAAAACAAAAUCUGGAUUAUAGUAAUACUUGAAUCAUAAUCAAAUAAUCUCUGUAUUUACCAAAGCACACUUGACAACUAAAGUGUAAUCAAAACUUGGUUGCUACAUAAUUUACUAAGUGAAUAAUAUAGAGAUCUCUGGUCCCAGUCCUCUUAUUCUUAGAUUUAUACACUUUUCUUUAAAAGAAAAUAUUGUUUAUGUUCUGUUCAAAAUUUGACUCUACAACUAUAUCAUGUGCCGUAACAAAUAAUAAUGAUAUACUUUUAUCUACCUUGUCCGUCAUGAAAAUAACAUAAUUGACUGAUAAAAUAUGAAAAGAAUUGAAAUAGCUAAACUGGUAAUUUUAAGCAUAGAAUCAACUAAACAUUUUAGAACACAGAACUAUCGUCUAAAUGACAAAAUGGUCAGCCAAGAUAAUAGUUAUUAUAACCUAUUUAUCAAAUAAAAAAAUAAUUGGUCAUUUGUAGAAGGAGCCAAUGUCAUUAAACAACCAAAAAGGUUGUCACACUACUUGUCAAAUAUUAGUCAAUUAAGUAGUAUUUUCUGUAACACAAAUCUUUUCUCUUAAACGGGAUAAGAAUUGGGGAAAUAUCCUGCUCGUUGUACUUCUCAGUUUAAUUUAUGAUGAAAUCAAAUAAUUAUGAUGUCUAAUGAACAGACUAAUUAUUAAGCAAAGCAAAUAAUAUUUAACUAUGAGUAUAGGGUUAUGGAAAUUGCUGCAUUUCAUUGAAAUGAUAAACCGAUAAACGUUAAAAAACACAUUGAAAACCUGGAAGCACUGGGUGAGAGUUUCUUCCCUACCCGGUUGAUCGGUCGUAGAUGUACACUGUUGAAGAUUUCUAUACUAAAACGAAACGACCGUCUACUACUUCCACGUUUUCAAUGGUUGUCUAACUUAUAUCAGUUCGUGAUUUCAAUAAAAUGAUAUUUGAACCAACCAAAAAGUAACCAAUCAUAUGUUAAUUAAAAACUUAGACCUUGAAAACGAAAAUAUGCUAUUUUCACACACCCACGGUUAAUGAUAUUAUGUCAUACAAACCUAUAAAAACGUACUAAUUAUGUUCACUGACUAAUCUAAAUAAACAAGUAACAAAAGUGUACCAAAAAGAAACGGGUUUCUUUUUUUCUGCAUAAGUGUGAGUACGAUAACAACAGUUCAGAGAAAAUUCCAUCUGGAAAUAUUAUGAAAAGUGAUAUAUAAAACUGACACUUAAUUCACCACGGUAACAAGAAAAAAUAUAUAUAUCAUUAUUAUUAUUAUUGUCGGGAGAUUGACACUUUACUGAAAUUCAUUAUCCUUUUUCUAUUAACUCAAACAUAUCAUAAGUGUCUAUAUUGAAAAAUGAUGAACCAGACAAUGAGUCAAUUAUUAUUUAUGGCAUAUAUUAGUGGUUUAAUUAUGCUUAUCCAAUCAGUUCCAUAUCAUAGAUCAUCAUCAUCAUUUCGAAGAAUAGAUUCAUUGGAAAACUUCAAGAAAUUAUCAAUGACACAAGAUAAUACAAUUGAAACAAUCAUGAAAACUAUUCAACCAAUAAUGAAAUGGAAUCAACAACCAGGUAAAUUAGAUAAUUUAUUCAUUAUUAAAAAAUCAAUAAAUUAUGCUUUAAAUAAUUAUACUAUUAAACCAACAUUUUAUCAAUAUGUGAAAUCAUGCUGUAAUCGUGAAGUAAUGAGACCAAUGGGUGGUGGACAUAUGACUGGACCAUGUUGUAAACAAUUAAUUAAAUUUAAUCAUUUUAUUUGGUUAUCAUUUCCAUGGUUUAAAAAAACAUUAACAAAAUUCACUACCGAUUAGUAAUCAUUACUAAAAGUAGUAUAAAGUUUUCCAAUGGUUACUACUUAGUUAAUUUACAAAAAUUAUGAUUUUUUUUAUUUCCACAACAACAAGAACAAAAAAUAACAUUUAAUAUGUCAAUAUUACAGAAAUGGAAUACUUUAGCAUAAUAUAAAACAGCGUUCAUUGAACAAAUGUUCAUCUGUACCAUUGAAUGUUAUCUUGCAUUUAUUGGAAAAUGUUCUUUUACACAUUCUAUCUGUUGAAACACGUACAAAAGGAAGAGAGAGAGAGAGAGAAAGAGCGAAGUUCGAAACCAAAAACAAUAAUUCCAUUUACAAUAAUCUUUGUUUGUUUGUUUAUUUUACUCAGUUUCUUAAAUCUGAAGAUUUCUUUUUCGAUAUGUUACUUUUCAAUUGUCCUAUUUUUUGUUUCUUUCUUGGUUACGGUUAAAUUACACUGUGAAUACUAUUAGCAAUAGACAAUUAUGAAAUAAAUACAAAAUGGAAUUCAAAAAGAAACAAAGUUUUAUUCAUCUAAAAAAAAUAAUUUCUCGUUUUUAUUUUGAGCAUAUUACACAUCAUCGUUUGCGUAUAUAUACUACUAAACAUACCAUUUAAGUAGUAAACUCAGUGAUUUUAGGGACAAGAUGAAAAUGAUAAAACUUAAAGAAUAAAAAUGAAUUCACUAAUUGGUUUCUUUUUUAGAUUUUUAAACUUAUAAUUAUAUUCAUUGUAAUGUUGGAAAGGAUCUUACUACACAUGAGAAGUCUUCAUAUAUAUAUGGGAUGAUGAAAUUGAAACUUAUUCUUUAGUCUGUGGUCUUUUAUCAUAUUUAUUUACUAAUAAAUACCCGAAAUUUAAAAAAUAUAUGAGGAGAGCGACCUCAGUUUAUCAAUGUUUCCUUUUCUUUUAACUGUUACAUACUGUUUCCGACCUUCUCUGGUAGACUGUUUUAUUUAUUUACUUGUAUAUAAAUAAAAUCAAAAAGAA